AUGGAUCUAACUAAAGCCAACUACGUGUAUGGAAGUUAUUCGCGCUUCCUUAUUUUACUUACAGGUGUUUUUAUCUAUUGUGACUCAACACGAGGAGGUUUUGGUACGGAAUUCAAGCGUAGUAUUCUCACACUAGGUUGGUUGUUAGAUUCCCGUUUAUUCACGAGAAAAAAAUGACAUAAUGACAUAUAGUUCUGUAAAGAAAAACUACAGUGCUUAUAGACUUUUUCGGCAUUCAGUAAAGCCGGUGCGAGCGGGGAGAAUAUUAAAUCCCCUCAAGAGGCAGACUUGUACAUUGAACUGAUUAAUUUAAGCGUAGUAAUCUCACUGAAGGUUGUUAAUUGUUAGGUCAUCUCAUGCGGCACAAGAGAAGGAGGCUGGAAUGACUUACCUACAUAAGCCAUCAAAGAAAAGCUUGAGUGCUUAUAAUAUUAUGUAGCUUGAAAAAAUGAAUAUGAGAAAAUAGAGAAGGACUUUGACCGAUUCAGAGCAUAGUAUCUAGUAUUAUUAUAGUAGUCAGAUAAUAUCAUAUAGACUUUAUUUAGUGUAGCAUUAUUUAUAAACUCUAUUGCCUGCUAUACAGCAGUGUCUAUUUGCAACAUGUUGAAGGGCCGCCAUAUUAUCAGUAUUAAAUUAACCCCUUUUUUAAAUUAUAUUAAUAUUCACUAUUAUUAUUGUUGUUUUGUAUAGAAGAGUCAGCAAGAAUUCAUAACAGAGUACGUCGGCAAUCUCGAGAGCAACCUUCAGGCGAAUGUAGCUCCCAACGCUAUUGCACUGGGAAUGAGACUAUAUUUCGAGCUAAGAAUGAAAAUUAUUGCUCCUGUGACGAAGCUUGCUUUAAUAUUUUCUCCGAUUGCUGCCCAGACUAUGAAAGGCACUGCGGCCUGCAGGAAAAGCUGGAACCUAAACAACCAGCAUCGAUGUGGAAAUGUGUCGAAUUCAGUUGGUCUCCUACUUGGCCAUGUAAAAUUGAAGGAGUGACUGGAGUUUGGAUGAUUUACAAAUGCCCAGAACACCGAACUUUUGACGAAUUGAGAACAAAAUGUGAAAAUGGCCCAUCGGAAUUCUCGUACCCCAUAGAGGAUUUUAUUCCGGUCGUUGGAGUAAAUGGCGAAACCUUCCGGAAUAAGUACUGUGCUUUGUGCAAUGGAGUGGAAAAUUACACCAUGUGGAAUGUUGGUGUUUUCACGUACGUUCUACCUCCUGAAGAAUUCGACCUGGAUAUGAAGCUGGAGUUUAUCGAAAACAACGGGGGGACGAUUGAGCAUGUUUCACCGCUGGGCGAGCAACCUCGAAGAUUUUGUUUUGGAAACAAUUAUUUAGAUAACUGUAGUUCUGCAGACCCUAGUUUGUACAAGGCUUGCGUUGAAGGUCCGGUUGAAGUCGUCACAACUACAAGAAAUAAAUAUCUUUACUUUAAGAAUUUCGCAUGUGCUUCAUGUAAUGGAUAUCGUGAUGCCACCGAGUGGAAGACAGCUCAAGUAUGCAGCCCCAUACUGCCUGAAGGAUUUUCCGCCGUCUUUAACUUGAAAGGUAAAAAGACAACCACUGAUAUAGUGACGAAGUUUUGUCCUUCUGAUACGGUUUACGAUCCUACCUUAAAAUUCUGUCGUAAAGGGUAUAUUAUUACUUCUAGCGGUGAACUAACCGACGAGUUUUUGAUACUGCUAUGGUUUAGGCAGUCUAAAGCCCGAAGCGUUACAGAAAUAAAUUCCAAGCUUGAAAAUGUCUUAAAAUUAGCGUUAUCCUCCCACUUCUCGAUUCUAAGUAACCAAAUUUCAGGAAUGACUUUCCAACAGCAAGACGAGAGAAACGCUUUACUCGUUGUUUCAUUUCGUUUAACAUUGACCCCAUUCCAAAUCCUUAUAAUGGCCAACCAAAACAGAACCAGCUUAAAUGCUACACACGAAAACGCUGCGUUCUUACUACUUUUAGACUCUAAAGGAAAUUUUACCCUAUUUUGGAAAAAUUUUAGUUUCUCUGUGGUCAAAGUGAUUUCUAAACGGCUUUCAUGCUAUGGGGAAGAAAAACUUCAAUCAAAUGAAUACGAAAUUAAUAGGGAAAAUGGAACUCUUGUUGUCAAUACAACGGGACAAAUCUUUUUACUUCAAGAUUAUACUUUAUUAGAAAAUGGGGGAAACAUUACGUUAUGCCUUAAACUGGUCCUUUCAAAUUGCGAAGGCGCAUACGUGCCUUUAAGUCUUGACGAAUACGAGAUUUUUCCCAAUUUGACAGUUUAUUACAUCGCAACAGGCACCUUUAUCAACUUCGGGGAAUAUCUUAUUCAUGAAAUUUUGAGCAAUGACCAAAGUAACACCUCAGCCUUGAUCUUAUCAAAUAACGUUACGAUAUCUGUCUGUUUGCCACUGGGGAAUAACUACACCGAAACUAAAACAGAUUAUAGCACAACGAAGAUAAACGAUGGGAUACGAAUUCUGACAUUAACUGGAUUCAGCGUUUCCAUAAUCUGUCUGGCUCUACUUUUGAUAACUUAUGGGUUAUUUCAAGAAUUGAGAACCGUUCCUGGAUUGAAUUUAAUGAAUUUAAGCUUUUCAAUGUUACUGUCACAUCUCAUAUGGUUGAUAGGCACGUCUCGUUUUAUUGGCACAGGAACAUGUAAAGUUCUAGCAAUAUUUGACCACUAUCUUUUUCAAGUUUCUUUUUUAGCCAUGUCUGUCAUAUCUUUUCAUUCUUGCCGUACUUUUUCACAGCCUAUAGUUGGACGAAUCGCUAAUAAAUCUUGGUGGAGGUUUUUCAAGUAUUCAACAUUCGUGUGGUUCACUCCUGCCAUUUUGGUCACAAUCUACGUCAUCCUGGACGAAACUGAGGCGUUCUCAGUAGAUUAUGGAACAAACUGUUGGUUGGGAACUAAAAACGCUAAACUGUAUUUAUUCUUGUUACCCCUGGCUAUAUUACUUCUUUAUAAUAUCUGCACUUUCAUCCAGACAGCUGUCAGUUUGUCACGUCACGAGAAGAACAGGAGAACCUUACAACUCAAAGAAGGAAAGCAAAAUCUUCUCAUCUGCACAAAACUGGCAUCGUUGGUUGGGUUCCCUUGGUUGUUUGCGUUCUUUGGCGUGCUGUUUCCUCAUGUAGAAGCAUUCGAAUAUUUGUUUGUUGCUUUUGUUUGCUUGCAAGGAUUGUACUUAGGAAUGGCGUUUCUAUUUAACAAGAAAACUCUGAAACUUUAUAAGAAUCGGUUCAACAUCCGGGCCAUGGGAAAUACAUCUUCCAAUACUACACCAACUUUUCAAAUGACGUAA